AAAAUUUUUCUUUAAUCAAAUUUAAUUAAUUAUGGAAUGUGUGUAUAAAAAGGUCUGACUUGGCAAUAAAAUUGUUUGGAAAAAAAAAUUAUUAAAGAAAAUCAGCUACGAAGAAGAAGACGAAAAAAACUAAAGUAAAUUAUGACCAAACAUUCAACAAAAUCAGUACCAAAACCAUCAUUAAAUGUAACGGGAAAAGAUGCAUCAACAUCUAAAACAAAACAAAUUUCAACAAAUACAAAAAAAUCCAAUGAUUUGAUUAAUGAUAAAACGAAGAAAAAAAAGAAAAAAGAUAAAGAAAAAGAAAAAGAAAAAAAAUCAUCAAAACCAACGGAAAAAACAACAACAACAACUGCAACUAACGAAGAUGAUGUAGUAGCAAAAACUAAAUCUCAUUCAUCUUUAAGAAAAUUAGAUUCAUCAAUUGGUUUGGGUAAUAUUAAUCGACAAGAAACAGCAUCAUUACAAUCAUUAUCAAAAAAAUAUCAAAAAUUUGGUAAUUUUAUAACACCAUCAAUGACAACAACAAUGAUAAAUGAUCAUCAAACAACAACAAAUGUAGCAUCUAAAACAUCAUUUUUAAUGAAAAAUAAAAUAUUGAAAAAAAAUAUUGAACAUAUUAAUCAUUAUGGACAAUAUCUUUAUGAUUGUGUUAUUGUUUAUCUUUAUUGUCAACGACAUAAACGUUUAGCUAUUGCCGAUGUUAAAGAUAAAGGAUUAUUUUUACCAUAUACACCAAUUCGACGACAUGAAUCAUGGCAAUCAGCUGCUGAACGUUUAAUACAUGAUUUAAUUCGGUUAUCAUCAACCAAACCGAAUCAAAUUCGUCAAUCACCAUCAUUAUUUAAUGAACCAAUUUUAAUGGAUAUAUUACGUAUACAGAUACCGGAUUGUUUAGAAUUUGUACAACGUAUUGUAUUUCGUAUUGAUAUAAAUUGUACAGAUUUAUUAAAAAUUUGUAAUUGUCAAGAUAAAAAUUCGAAUCAAUUAAUAUCAUGGCAUUUAAUUGAUGAUAUACGUCAUCAUACUGAUUGUCGUGAUUAUUUUGGUCCUGAACCAAUGUUAAUUAAAUAUGAUGAUAAUUAUGUAAAUUAUCGUGAAUCAACAAUAAUGACAACAUUAACAAAUGUAAAUCAUUCAUCAAAAAAUAUUAAUCAUUUAUUAAAACAAAUGAAUUAUAAUGAAACAGAUAUAUUACGUUUAUAUUCAGAUUUCAUACAACAUUGUUAUCCAUCAGAAUUUAUGACAAGUUUAUCGUUGAAAAAUUUUCUUAUAAAAUGGCAAUAUGAAUUACCAAUGACUAUGAUUGAAAAUGGUUUGAAUAAACAUAAUUCAAAUGAUAAUACUAACAAUAAUUAUGGUGAAAGAUUUAUACAAACUAUAAAUCAACAAAGAUCAACAUCUAAAACAAACAAUCAAACAACAACAACAACAACAACAACAAGUUCCAAAAAUUUAUUAUAUUUAAAUUUUAAUGAAUUUAUAUUAGGAUUAGCAAGUAUUGAUAAAUUAAUUAAAUCAAUAACAUCGAUAACUGAAUUUAAUACUAAAACUUCAAGUGAUGAUAAUGAUAAUGCUGGUGGUGGUGGUGGUAAUAAGAAAAAUAAAAAAAAUGAUGAUACAACAACAGUGACAAAAUCACCAUUAGAUCAUCUUAGACGAAGACAAGAUGAUUGUUAUCCACAAUUUCGACCACGAUUAAAUCGACAACCAUCAUUUACAACAACAACAACAACAGCCACAACAACAACAACAACGGCAAGAUCAAUAUCAACAUCAUUGUCUUGUCCAUCAUCAUUAUCAUUAUUACAAUCCUGA